AUGAUGAUUUCGGUCAUUUCGCCUGGUGAUCACAGAUCGGGUGUUGACGGGAGACUUCUGUUCGCAACACUAGAGCUGAAAGAACGUGAUCAGCUAUUUUUUUGUACACUAGUCGCGUUAUUAAAUACAAUUAGGGCAGUAUCAUAGGAAAAGGGCUCGAAUAAUCGUUACAUCUGACGAAUAAGCCAUGGCAGACUAUGUGAUCGGCAGUACAAAACCGGCAGAUGUAUCGCUACCGGAUGACGGACUUUCGGCAACACAAUUAUUUUCUAACGGCGACGGUCUCACGUAUAAUGAUUUCAUCAUUUUACCGGGUUACAUCGAUUUUACCGCCGACGAAGUUGAUUUAAUUUCACCGUUGACGAAGAGAAUAUUACUCAAGGCACCACUUGUAUCAUCUCCCAUGGACACAGUUACGGAAUCCGACAUGGCUAUUGCCAUGGCCCUUUGCGGCGGAAUCGGUAUAAUACACCAUAAUUGUACACCCGAAUAUCAAGCCAGUGAAGUGCAUAAGGUAAAGAAAUAUAAGCAUGGAUUCAUUAGAGACCCAGUGGUUUUGUCACCCAAUCAUACAUUAAGCGAUGUAUUAAAUGUAAAGGCUGAGCAUGGUUUCUGUGGUGUCCCUAUCACAGACACAGGAAAAGUUGGGGGUAAAUUAUUAGGUAUUGUUACAUCCAGAGAUAUUGACUUUAUGGACUGUUCAGUAAAUCAACAGCAUACAAAGUUGGAAUCAAUAAUGACAAAAUUAGAUAGUUUAAUCACAGCAACUGCUGGUGUAACAUUGCAAGAAGCCAAUACAAUUCUCGAAAAUUCUAAGAAAGGAAAACUUCCUAUUGUUAAUGAUAAAGGAGAAUUAGUGUCUUUAAUGGCAAGAACAGAUUUGAAAAAAAAUCGUAGCUAUCCAAGUGCCAGCAAAGAUGAUAAUAAACAGUUGUUAGUCGGUGCAGCUAUUGGCACACGUAAUGUAGAUAAGCAAAGACUGCAACUUCUUGCUGCAGCUGGUGUUGAUGUUAUUGUACUGGACUCGUCUCAGGGCAACUCUAAAUAUCAAGUUGAUAUAAUCAAAUACAUUAAAGCAGAAUAUCCAGAAUUAGAAGUAAUUGCAGGAAAUGUUGUAACAACUUUGCAAGCUAAAAAUCUUAUAGAAGCUGGUGCUGAUGCUUUGCGCGUUGGAAUGGGCUCUGGCUCUAUUUGUAUUACUCAAGAAGUGAUGGCUGUGGGAAGACCCCAAGCAACCGCUGUGUAUAAAGUUUCAGAAUAUGCAAAACGAUUUGGUGUGCCUGUGAUAGCCGAUGGUGGUAUUCAGUCCAUUGGACAUAUUAUUAAAGCUUUGAGUUUGGGUGCCAGUACGGUCAUGAUGGGAUCUUUGUUGGCUGGCACUUCAGAAGCACCGGGCGAGUAUUUUUUUAGCGACGGUGUACGCCUUAAGAAGUACAGAGGGAUGGGUUCUUUGGAAGCCAUGAAUAGGAAAGAUGCACAAGGUUCUGCAAUGGAUCGAUACUUUCAUAAUGAAAUGGACAAACUGAAAGUAGCUCAAGGUGUCAGUGGUUCGAUAGUUGACAAAGGAACUGUAUUAAAAUUUUUACCAUAUUUGCAAUGUGGUAUUAAACAUGGGUGUCAAGAUAUUGGAGCUAGAUCUAUUUCUGCUUUGAGAUCCAUGAUGUACAGUGGAGAACUCAAAUUUGAAAGAAGAACAUAUUCAGCCCAACAAGAAGGAAAUGUUCAUAGUCUUUUCUCAUAUGAAAAAAGACUUUAUUAAUUAGGUAAAUAUUAAAUGAACGUCUCGUAAAAUAGUACCUGCAUUUAAUUGCAUAUGACUUGUCAAUUUUAACAAUUUAUGUACCGAAUUGUAUGAAGUUGUCUUCAUCCUUAAAAGAAAGCAUGCGACUCACGAUAUUACUUUAUGAAUACAACUGAAGUGAUUUUUUAACAACAGACAAGUGAAAUUUAUUUCACGAUUAUCAUGUAUAACAAAUCUAAUUUUAAACUUCAACUUUUACUAUAUACAAAUUAUUUUAUAUGUACAGUCAGUUCUCAAGUUACACGGAUUCAUAUAUAUGCCGUUGUGCCUGCACUUAUGUCUCUAUAUGUAUUUUGUACGUAUUUAUAUGUAAAUUAAAUAAAAUUUUCUUAUUUUCAGUUUUAUUUCUUAUAAAAGAGUACAUAUAGAUUUGUAAUCAUUAACUUUUGAAAUUAAGUUCAAAUAGCAAGUGUAUUAUAGAGAGAAAGAAAAUUAGUCCUAGCAAGAAUUGUGAGUUGUCUUAGAUAACAUUGCAAGACCUGCAACAAAGUAAAUAUUAAUUAACACUAGUCACAUUAAUUUUACUUGUGGUAUCGCGUCUUUCUUUUUCCCUGCAAUACAUCGCAUUUAUAUAAUUCGACUUAUGCGGAAAGCUUUGAAACGAAUUAAUUACAUAAGUAGGAGAUUUACUGUAUGUACUUACAAAAUUUUUUUAGAAACGUAAAUAUGUGUUUGAUACAUAUACAUGCAUAAAACAUUAUGUAAAUUAAUUUAAACAUAUCUACCUUUAACAAAAUAUUGAAUUCUAUGAUAAAAUUCCUGCAAUACUACGAUUUAUUGCCGAAUGUAUCUAUGUACAUAUAUAUCAUUCUUUAGGUAGAUCAAUUGACAUAAUAAUAACAUGAUACUAUAGCUAUAACUGAUUCACGAAACAAAUUAUAAUUGUAUGUUAUUACAACAUUUUCUUUUUGCUGCAUUCAGUAUAUCUGAUUUCUAUUGCUAAAAUGUAUAAUGUUUAAGAUUUCUUGAAAAUCAUCAAAAUAUCCACCGAAAUCUCAAAGAAAGUAUUAAAUUAUAGAAAGUUAUCCUUGAAUAUAUAUAAUGCAGCAAGAAAAAGAUAACACUAGCAUAAAAUAAGUUUAAUAACAAAAUGCCAAACUGUGGGAUCAUUAAAAGAUAGAAAAUUAAUCAGCAUAAUUAGUUGUCAGCUGAUUGCUCAUUCCUAUUAGAGCGUGAUAGAAACAAAAAUAAUUUACUAGACUUCUAUGUUAUUUUGUCAUGUAUUUUAAUGUAAUUUAUCAAAAUAUAUUUUUAUGAUCCUGGUUUAAUAUAAACUAUCUCAUGAGAUAAAAGACUUAGUCGAGUUAUUGAAACUAAGUCAAAAAUUUUUGUAAUCUUGGCUCUACAAAAUUACAAAAAAAUAUUGCGCCAUUCUAUUAUCUCCAGCUCACAAAUUUUAUACACAUGUUACAAUAAAUUAUAUAUUUGAAAUAAACCUGUAGCCGAUGUUGAAAGUAUUUGUUGUAUUGCAUCAUUAUAAUUACGUUACACGCCAUACAAAAGUUUACCUUGAAUAAAGUGUUAGAACAAUUUGUAUUACGUAUUCUUAGAGUCGUAAUAAGACUGUCGUAUAGGCGGAUCAAAUGUCGCGCUCUUUUCAAAUAUAACCUAAAAGUUAUUCACCGACCGAUCCAAGAAUAGUGAAGUACACAAAGAGUGUAUGAAAUUUGGAACAAUGACUUUGUGUAAUAUUCAAUGCCUAGAAAGGAUUUCAAAUUAUUUGGAUGUUUCGCCAGUGCACCUGGAAAUGAACGAAAAUGUAAUCAUUAGUACGGAACAAACAACGAAUCAAAAAAUCGAGGGCUUUAGCACCAUAAUUCAAUCGUUAAUUAAGAAUUCAAAGUGCUCUGAUAUACUUGGUAGUAAUAAAGAAACAGAAGCCUUGACACGCCAAU